AUGGCCAAGAAGAAUAAAAAAGGGACAAAGCUGGGAGAAUCUGAUAACUCUAAACAAACCGAAAGAGUUGCGUGCGAUUGUCAAGCCAUCAGACAUCCUCUCCUGACAAUUGCACCUAACUGCUUAAACUGUGGUAAAAUUAUUUGCGAAUUUGAGGGAAUCGGUCCCUGCACAUAUUGUGGAGUACCUGUAUUAUCGCGCGAACAGCAACUAGAACUCACGAGACAAUCAAAGAAACAGAAACAAGCAAAAAACCAACAACCCAGGAAAAACAAAACGAGCACUGGCGGAACAGUACGCUAUGCAGCGAUGGUCUCUGGAAACAUGUUGCAGAGGAACGAUCAAUGGGUAGAUCUAGGGACAGACAAAGAGGAGGAGAAGAGGUUACAACAGAUUCAGGAAGAAAGAAGGCUGGCUGCUGAAAGACACAAGGAUAAACUUUUAGAAUUCGAUAGACAGGACUCACGGAGAACUAAGAUUAUUGAUGAGAGAUCAGACUUUGUGCUCCCUGGUGAUGGGAUUAAUCAAUGGCUUACGCUAAAAGAACGUGAUGAAUUGGCCAAGAAACAGGAAGCAAACUUGAAAAAACUCGAAACACCCGCAUAUCGUCAACGUGCGGUAAUGACAAUUGAUGCAGUCACUAGACGUGUAACUGUGGAAAGGAUUGAUACUUCUAUUGAACUCGAACCGCCCGAUUCAAAAGCAACGGAUGAACCAAUUGCCAAAAAAAAUGGUCAAGCGACUGUUGCGCCAGUGAGACCGAGGGAACUCGGUGAUAUUGAAGGUCCAAGGUUUAUAAUACAAGGUGAAAAAGCCAAAGAAUCAUCAGCUGGCAAAAGCAAAAAUACAAAUAAUAAACCACGAAUAUCGCGAGUACAAGAUGAUUUGAAUAGUAGUUUCGAUAUGGCUAUGGAAAUGA